AUGAACAUGCCGCUAGAGGAAAGCCCCAUCGGGGUCAAUGACUGGACCCAAGGCUUGGUGGAUUCGCCGUUUCGCCCUCUCGACGAUGAGGAUGACCAGGAGGAUUGGUUGGAAGCGCGUCUGACGCGGCAGCAGAUGCUUGAUCAGUGGUUCGACUCGCCGGUAAUCAGCUGGGCAUUCUUAGCCGUGCUCACGACCUUCGCUCUCGUCUGGCGUCUUCGCAGUCUCCCUGAUCUACCGAUGCUUUCCGCGCAACCUGGCACCGAAGCGUACGCGGCAAGUCUUCCAAGCGCGAUCAACGACCAUCCUCCUGCUGCAACAAUGAUGUUCGGGCUCGUCCUUGCCCUGCAGAGCAGCGAGGACGGCUCUAUGGACGAACUCUUAUGCGCUUGGAUGCGCGGCGUCGCUGCGUUUCUGGGUAGCCUGAACAUAGCCGUUGUAUAUGCUAUCAUGCAGAGGAGUGGACAUGGCACUCUAGUUUCGGCGUUCUCCGCUAUGAUCGUUCUGCGAGAUCGUGCCUACACCCCGAAUCUGGACCUAGUCGUCCUCGAUGCCGCGCAUGUAGAGUUCGUGUCCCUCACGAUAUACUCAUAUGUCCGGUUCCGCACUCUUCGCUACCACGGCCUGUCUGCCAGAUGGUGGGGAUGGUUGCUUGCCACAGGCGUUUUCAUGAUGUGUGCUUGUAUAUGCAAUGCGGACGGGCAUUUGACCGUCUUGACCAUUGGCGUAGCCGCGUUCAUCAACCUCCGUCGUACGCUCAUCGAUUCCGGCGGUAUGUCUAGGUUAUUCGCCGAACAUCUCAUAGCCCAUGCUCUUGGACUCAUCAUCAUUCCGGUCCUUCUUCACGUAUUGUUCUGCUACGUCUCCCCGGCCCUCCUUGCGACUGGAUCUGGCGAGUUGUUAGGGACUUCGACGUCAGGGCUGACAAGUAAUGACGCCCUGAUGAGUAGCCGAGGUUCACCUGGAAGUCUUGCUGAACUGCAAGCUCUGAUGCUGUGGGGUCCCCUAUUCGGUCGACCCUCAUGGACAGCGCCGAGGAUACAGCAAAAUACUACCGUAGCCUCUGCCGACGCUGCCGGAUGUUGGAUCUGUAUCGUCGCUCCCGCAGCGUACGUUGGGGUCAUGGGCGUCGAUUUCAUCAAGACUUACCGAAGCAAAACCUCGAUAUCUCUGUUUGUCCGACAACGCCUGCGGAAUACGGCGGGCUUCUUCUUUCUUCAUUGCUCGAUCAACCACAUCCCGUACAUCCUCGUCAUUCGUCAAGGGCGUGCGGGGCAGUAUCAUCCAUCGCAUACGCCCUUCGCACUACUAGCUGGAGCGGUACUUCAAUCUUUCCUCUCCCACACAGUCAACACCCCUGUAAGCGUCCUCGCACCGUCCACUCCCCGGCGUAACCAGGAUCGAUCGUCAAUUGGACGCAUGGGACCGGCCGUGUUGGUCGGUUUCACGGGUAUACUAUGGUCUGGUGGGGCUCCGCUCAUCGCCGGCCAUCGGUUGGCAGUCUGUUCCCUCGCUGUAGCCAUGGCUCUCGCGGCAAGCAGUAGCCAUGGAUUAGAGGACGAUAGGGGGAGCUUGGAGAGCUUGGAAGGUAAUGCAUGA